AUGACUGAAGUUAGUGAUGAAGAGGUGCGGAGUCCGUCACUGCACGUCACCUGUGUGAGUCUUGUGUGGGAGCUGGGCGAGGAGCAGUGUCCUCAGUCAUCACUGCUCAGACGUAGUGUCCCCAGGCGCAGCUCGUACACUCCUCAGAUUCCAUCGGCCUCUUCAAGAGUCGAGUUAACGUUCUCGAUAGUCAAGAGACCUGCUAAGCAGCAGCAGCAGUGGCAGGAGAUGAGCUGGAACACCCACACCACACCAAGAACGACGAGUCUGGAGCUAAUCUGGAGCAUGGAAGAGCUCUGGGGAUCAAUGUUUGGAACGUCGCCCCGUGUGGCCGCCUCUCCUGAUUAUGAUGGCAGGAGGGCAGCCCUGGGGGAGGCAGCCACUGCUCACGACACAGGCACCAGAGGAGGCGUCAGGGUACGUUUUCUUUUUCAGGAUCCUGAGGGACACGAUAGAAUUUGCUUCAAAAAGGUGGCGGUCGUGGAGGACUUCUUCGAUAUUAUAUACAACCUUCAUGUAUGCAAGGAUGGCAAGGAACAAAAACAUAUGGGACAAAAGAGGACAUAUCGGGCUGUGUCUGAGCGCUACGCCUUCGUGCCCCGGGAGGCCGUCACCAAGUUCCUGGUGUUGUGUACGGAGUGUCCUCGGCGCUCCGUCGGCGUCCACGUCGGCCUGGGCGUUCCUCUGGGCGUCGCUAACCUGCCGGUGCCCCCACCAACCCUGCCCUUGCCAAACCUGCCCCCGCCGCCGCCGCCACCACCUUCUGCCCCGCCUCAACCACCUAAUAGCCGCCACUCCCAGGACGUGACCGUGAAGGAAGAGCCACAGUACGCUUCUCCCGUCCGCCUUCACCACCAGCACCAUCACCCACAGCACCACCACCCACAGCACCACCACCAGCAACACCACCACCUGCAGCAUGCGCACCAUCACCACACACACCACCACCCUCCAACACUCUUGCAGCAGCAGCAGCAGCAGCACCUUCAACAGCACCACCAACACCACCACCACCACAACCACCACCAACAAACCCACCUAGACCACCAACACUCACCACAGCUUGAAAAGGAAAAACAAAAACAGCAAAAAGAACACCGAGAACAACAACAGCAACAAUUAAAGCAGCAAAAACAAAAGCAGGAACACGAAGAGAGGCAAGAGAAGCAGCAGAAGAAGAAGGACGAGAAGGAGGAAGCAGAGAAGGAGCGAGAAGCGAAAGAAAAGGAAGAGGAGUGGAAGAAGCAGGAGCAGGAGGAGGAGGCAGAGGAGCGGGAGUACAGCAAGCACGUGAGUGUGGUCAGCCACCAGGUCGACUACAGGCUGCCCUUCACUAGCAUCUACCUCAAGCACUGCCGGGCCUCCACCACUCUCAACAAAAACAACAAUUACAUCCACAACAACAACAACUUCAACCACGUCGCGUGGAAGGUAGGCAGCUGUCUUUGUUCUCAUUCUCACAGCUAAUGUUUUCAGUUGGUA